AUGUGGAAGCAAAUGCUCAAGCUGCGCCCCACAGCAAAAACAUUUCUCUCAUGCAGUCUAGGUAAUGGAAAGUCAUGUUCCUUCUGGUAUGAUACUUGGACCCCGUUUGGGGAUCUGAUCACUUUCCUGGGAGCUGACGAACAUCAAAGAAUUGGUCUCCCAUUGGACUCCACUGUGGCACAAGCUCACACCGGGAUUGGAUGGAGGAUACGAGGUGCUCGUACUCAAAAUAUGGAGCUCCUACUUAUCCAUCUCACUGAAACAACUCUCUCCGAGAAUGUCAAGGACAUUUAUUUGUGGGCAAAACCAAAUGGGGAUCCCCAAGAUCGUUUUGGUUUCUCCGAUACUUGGAACAUGUGCAGACUGUCGGCUCAACAAGUGCAUUGGCAUAAUCAGGUCUGGUUCACAGGUUCUAUCCCCAAGCAUUCAUUCAUCAUGUGGCUUUGUUGUCUAGAUCGUAUGCCUACUCUUUCUAGACUGAGAAACUGGGGAAUAGUAGAAGAUGAUACCUGCCAUCUUUGUGAAAUUUACUUUGAGACCAAGGACCACCUUUUCCUAACAUGUCCAUACAGUUUCGACUUGUGGAGAUGGUGCCUUCGUAGGCUACAGAUGCCUUUCAUAGAUUUCAACACUUGGGAGAGCUUCCUUCUUUGGCUCAAGAGUCCUUCUAAUGAGGAAAAGAUGACCCCCAUAAAGCUUAUAGCAGCUCAAGCGGUGAUCUACUCAAUUUGGCACGAGAGAAACGCCCGCAUAUUUACUGGCAUCCGUACCCCGGUUGAAGGACUCUUCGCUCAGCUUGAUCGUCGCAUCCGUAACACCUGUUCUGCAAGACAUUGUAUUCUGAAGCUUCAAGACAUGCUUAUGCUGUGGUUUCGGACCUCCACCAUCGCCCCACCACCUAGCUAA